UUAUUUAUUAUCAAAAUGUGCAAUGAUGGAUCGAGUGAUUAUGAUUGUCAGCAACUAAAGAAAAGAUUUUAUAGAAGUGUUUUUGAAUUUGAUCAAACAAAUAUUAAUGAGGUUAUUUAUCAGAAAGAAGAAAUUAUGAGUGAUUGUGUUGAAUCAAAUAAAAUAUCUGAAAUCGAUAUAACAACUACUUCAACAGUGCCUUCUAAUAAAGAUAGUUUGGAAAAAGUUAUCAAAAAUAAUGCACCAAUUAAACCAAAUGACAGAAACGUACCUGAUUUCUUAGAAGAAAAUCAAAGUGAAGAACUACUUAAUAUUUGUUACGAAAGGAGACAUAAUAUGGAAUCAAAAGGUACACAGACAAAUAAUCAAUUCAUAAAAGAUUAUCCGCAGCAUUAUUUGGUAGAUAGCAUGGAUCAUCAAAAUAUUUAUAGAUAUAAUCCAAGAUUAAUGCAAUAUAAUCAAGAAUUAGCAUUAACAAAAUCACAUUUAUACAAUGUUCAUUGUAAUUAUAAAAAAUUAAAAUCUCGAUUUCACAAAUUACAUGGAGAUUAUCAUAAACUUUUAAGUAUUGCUGCAGAAUUAACAGCAGUUCUUGAAAAUUCAGUAAAAGGACAACCCGUUGAUCUGCAAGGAAUGUUAGAAUCUUGUAUGAAGAUAUUUCCUGAUUUAUUUAAUCAAAACAUAAGAGAUGAUUUGCACGUAAAAGUACAACCGUCCAACGAUACAAAUAAACGAGAUAUUAAGCCUAAUUUUAAUAUCAUUAACGUAUCACCAAAGUUGUUAGAUUUUAAAAAGAUUAAAUUACAUUUAAUAAAUGGAAAUGUUAAGACAAAACUACUUCUCUUGCAAGCCUUACGAUGGAAAAUUACUUUAAGUCAACCUGGAGAAUGUGAUGAAUCUAUACACGAAUAUAUAAGUAGAGAUUUAUUAGGAUUACAUGGUCAGAUUGCCAGUGAUAAUGGAAAAUCAAUUUUACCAUAUUUACUAACACCAAAAAAUGUUCCAAUGCCACAUCCAUUGCAACAAUCAGCAGCUAGAUUGUUAAAUACUUUUGCAUCUUUACAAUGUGGUAGAGAUUAUUUAUCUAUAGAUUCAUCGGUAGUUAAAGUGAUAUUUAACUGCCUCAAUGACAACUACCAAGAUGGAGUAGAUUCUUUAACAUAUGAUAUGACACUGUCAACUUUACAAAAAUUAUCAUUGCGCAAGCAACAAAGAUUAUACAUGAUAGAUAGCGGAUUGUUGGAAUGGUUGAUUUAUCAUCUGCACAAUGAAAGUAAUACUAUGAGUUUUUAUAGAUUAAAAUAUGCGACAGCUCUUUUAAUGAAUUUAUCAUUGCAUAAGCAAGCUCAAAUUAGAAUAUCUACUAAAUCAUCAUUACUCGUAUCAACUCUUAUAAUGCUUCUGGCAAUUGAUCAUCCUUCUGUAUCACCGUACGUUAAUGGUGCAUUAAACAAUUUUCUUAUGAAUGAUCAAAUAAAUGAUGAAGCAAAACAUGCCAAUCUUUUAUCCACAUUGGAAGAAUUAUGUACAAAUAAAACUGGAGAAUUAAGAAAAUAUUUGGAACACAUAAUAAAAGUACAUAAACGUGAAUGCACUAUCGAUAUGGAAGAUGAAACUAUUUCUGAUAAUGAUAAUGAAGAAUUUGAUGUAUUGGAAAAUGAAUUGGAGGAGAAUGAUCCUGUUAAAAAUCAUAAAACAGAAUUAUACGGAGAAGUAUUGCUGUCAACGUGUUAUAUGAUUACACCGGAUACAUUUCCAAAAGAAUCUCUAAACAUUGGUAAAGUUUUGGCUAAACCUUCAGACACAAAAUUACUACCACUACGGAACAAUAAAAAACAUAAUCAGUCUUGCAGUAGUACUAGUUCAUCGUUAUUACUUGAACAUAUUCCAAGAGAAAGUAGUACAAUGACAAUACCUUCUUCAAUGACUUUAGAAUCUGCACAUGAAAGUAAAAAAGGACUAGAAAAAUUCAGCAGUAUUGCAUCAUUAACCAACAUAAACAAUGAUAGAGAUGAAUUACCUGAUAAUGCUGUCGAUACAAUUGAAUUUAAAUGCGAGAAAGAAGAAGAAGAAGCAUUUUUAGCCAAACCAAAAAUUUCAAGAACACCUCCAUGCUUACAUUAAUAUUUGUUAUCAGGAGUAUGUAACAAAUGCAUUAGAACUUAAACUAUCUGUAUAUUUGCUAUUUCUAUUAUACAAUUCGGAAGAUUCA